AUGGUGUCAAAAAGUGUCCAUCCAGUAGAAGACACAACAACAUCAACCAAGCCUGAUUCAUACAUCGCAGACUCACUAAACAUCAAAAUGUCAUCAAUCAUUCCAGUUCCAUUUACAUCACUUGACGUCACAUUAGUCCACUGCGGAGUCAUGACUCUUAUCUUCAUUCUACUUCUAUGCUGUAUGUGCUGCAGAAAAACGCCAAAACCAACUGAAACUUUAAAGACGAUCGUUGUUAAAAGCUCAGAUUAUGAUCGGAUGAAGGAAAUGACAACGUUAAGGAGGUCCGUGCAUCCAGGAAAAAUUGAAGAAGAUCAUCAGCAUGACGUCCCAUUGAAGAUCAAGUCUCAGGCUGAUCAGAUCCGAGCGGUUGAAUCUGUUGGAAGCUUUGAUGACAUUCUUGAUGAAGAGCAAAGUGAAAUUCAGACUGAUUGACCAGAUUCCAAAGGUCAAAUUAACUGCAUUUUUAGAUUUAUUUGUGCCUUACUUUGUGCAAUAAUACAAGCUAAAUCAAAAACUAUUCGUCACUCAUGUGAUUCAUCUCUACAAGAUACAUGCCUCAUUGAAGAUUUGACGCUACGAGAGGAUGACAGAUUGGAAAUUACGGACGCUCAGAAGAUUAUGAUAACAGUUACAAUUAGUAACAGCAGGCUGCCAUGUUUUCCGUGUAAUAUCGAUAAAUUUUUUGAACUUAUUCAGUUUUUAAACAUUUCCAAUUCAACAAUUAAAAAAUUCUCGUUAAAUGACUUAGAAGGCUUUACAAACUUAAAGAAUGUAUCACUUGAUGGCAAUAAUAUUACCGAAUUCGAGACAAAAAGUGGCAGUUCAAUUGUAAUCUAUUUGAAAAAUAACAACAUUAUGUUCGAUUCAAACAGCAUAAGCAGCAGCAACACGACUAAAUUAGUUAUGAUAAUCAUCGUCUUAGUCAUCCUACUCAUUGGAACUAAUGCUGCAUUAUUGAUUAAAAUACGCAAGAAUUCACAAAUUACCACAAAUGUCAACAGCGACACAGAACUUUCUGUAAUCCGCUACGAGGAAGUCAACAAAAACUUAAUUUAUAAUCCAUUAAAUGGCAUUAAAAUUGACAAUUUGUACAGUGAAGUCACAAAUUAUGAGGAAUUAGUCAGCACAAAGGCAAAAGAUUUUGGGCACACAGAAGUAUUAAAAAACAUUACAAACAGCUUCUCAAAAUGUCCAUCUGACUCAACACCAGAUUUAAAUUUCAUAUUGUGUGUCUCACUCCUGUCAGUCAUCGUCCUGUUACUCAUCGUCAAUGUCAUUUUAUUUGUCAAUGUCAAAAAGUCACUGAAACCUGAAAAAUCACUUAAAAAUGAACCACAAACAUACAGCACUCUAUAUGAGCUUCAAAACUUCAGCAGAAUACAGGACAAUCAUUAUGAAUUGAAUUCUAUCAAGAAUUAUGAAGGCACAAAUGAUCAAAUUGGUCAGCUUAACUACUCUGAACAGCAAGAAUAUGAGGAAAUUCCAGAAAAUGCGUACAACCGAAGUCAAUUGAGUAAUUAUGCUGAUGAUUUCUAUCAAGAGUCCUCGAACCUUAAAGACACUAAUUUAGAUGCUAAUGUUGACAAAGCAGCUGAAGAUUUUGCUGAAGGUUAUAACCAAAUAAAUGGUGACAAGAACAGCGAUAGUAAAGAUGAUAACAUGCUGUAUUCAUAA